GUUAUUUUUGUUUCCGUGAGUUUACAAGUAUGUCGAGAACACCAAUUUUCACAGAUGGGGAGCUUAUUAUACUUGUUUACGGAAUGAACAGGUAUUUCCCGAGGAGAAUCGGUGGUGUGCGCGGUAUUAGGCACGAGAGACGGGAUGAAAUAAUAUAUGAGAUGAUGCGCAGGAUGAGACGCGUUUCAGGUAUACAUAGGAGGCGACGACAGUGUCUGAGACGAUUCAGUGACCUGAGACGCAGAGAGCCAGAACGCUAUACGGCCAUGAGGUCGCUCAUUCGGAGAUACCUAUCAAGGCCAAGGGAGAGGAUACCUAGGUAUCUGCUGCCGGUAUCCCACAGCAGCCCAGUGAGCAACAGGUCAUCACCACCACUGCCACUGACUUUGCUCCAACCUCAGGGUGAUGAGGACUCCCAGACAUCCUCAGCUAUGAGUGAAAAUGAAGAUGAAAGUGAUGAAUCAUCCUCAUCAUCCGAGGAGGAGAUUUCCCCAGAAGCAUGUCCUACACUGGUGACGGCAGAGGAGGAAGAUGAGCCUGAAAAUGAAGAUGACAGUGAUGCAUAUGCUACAUCAGCCCUAAGUCCGGAGGAGAGACAAGAGGAGGAGGCGGAAAGUGAAUCUGAAACAGACAGUGGCACUGAAUAUGCAGCCACAGCAGAGGAUGAGGUGGAAAAAAAAGAAACGGUUGAAAUAGGGACACAAACAGAGCCCUCAGUUACACAAUUCAGGGACCUUCGUCAGGCACUGCGAAAUUUUGUAGAGGCUGCAAGAGUACUAGAGCAUUCACUUCAAAAUCUUUAAGAAAUUCAUUGUAUAUAUUUUUCUUUGUUUUACAACAAUCAUUUUAUGAAUAAUUAAAAAUUUAUAUUUAUAA